AUUCGAUGCGAGGAAGCGAAUUCCAAAUGGCCACACCCCUCUUUCUCUUCGCGUGUUUCGUUUCUCUUCACACAACAACAACAACCAACUGCUGCUGCUUUCACUCAACAGCGCUCCUCCUCUCAACCAGCCAGCGAACCGGCCUCACCCCUUACCGUCCACCCGUCCGUCCGAGCCAACCAAGCACAGGCAAGCGCAUCUCUCCACCAGCCACCAUGGGGUGCUGCUAUUGCACGCACGAGGAUGAAGAUCCUGAGGUGCAGGAGGUGCACGAGACGCUGAAGCGCAACAAGAAUGAGCUCAAGGGCCCAAUCAAGGAGGGCCGCCGCCUUCGCGACGUGUUCUUCCUGCUGCUCUUUGUUGUCUUCUGCUGCGGUAUGGCCGUCAUCGCCUGGCGCUCCUUCCACACCGGCAACCCGCUGCGCAUCAUCUACGGCACGGACUCCUUCGGCAACAUCUGCGGCGUUGACAACACGGGGCUUGUGGUCAAGAACAGCACCGGCAACCCCAACGUCGGCCUCGAUCUCCGCAACUACAAGUUCCUGUACUUUCUCGAUCCCACCGCGCUGGAUGCCAGCCUCGCUGUGUGCGUCAGUGCCUGUCCGACCCUCAACAACAACGACACGGCCGUUGAGAGCUGUGUCUUUGACGUCACGCCGUGCCAGAACGCCGGUGUCUGCUUCAGCAACGGCCCAUACAACUCGUCCGUGAUCCCGGAUGGUGCCAACGAGUGCCCAGACUCGGUCUACUCAUCCAAGAACUACUUUGGUCUUCGUCGCUGCGUUCCUGGCCUGGAGUCGCUGCAAACGAGCACGAUCAACAUCUUCAACAGCUAUGACCUGGUCGAGCAGGUGUUCUCGGACCUCAUCGCCGGCUACGAGAUGUUCGGCUAUGCCGCCAUCGUCGCCGUUGUCGUCUGCUUCCUCGUCAUCCUCCUCAUGCGCUGCUGCGUGAAGGUGCUGGUGUACAGCCUGAUCAUUCUUGGCCUCGGCGGUACCCUCGCCCUCUCUGUCGUCACAUACACGGAGUGGCGCGGUCUCAAGGAUGACCUCAACAGCACGCCCAAGAGCGAGCGCCUCGACACAGAUGUGCGCAACGAGCGCUUGCUGUACGGGUUCAUGAUCUUCCUGUGGGUGUUCACCGGCCUCCUGUGGCUCAUCACGCUCGCUGUUCGCAACCGCAUUCGCCUCUCCGUUGUCAUCCUCCAACAAGGCAGCAAGGCCGUCGUCAGCAUGCCAUGGCUGUACCUGACGCCCAUCCUGACGAACGUGUUUAUGAUCUCGUUCAUUGCGUACUGGCUCGCCGUGUAUGCGUACAUGGCCACAUCUGGUGACGGCCGACUCGUCCAAGGCCGCAUCCAAUACGACGACCCCACCAACUACCGCGAGAUGUGGUGGUACCACCUCUUUGGCCUCUUCUGGAUCUCCCAGUUCAUCCUCGCCUGCCAGGAGAUUGCCAUUGCCGGCGCCGUCGCAUCAUGGUACUUUACACGCAAGGACGAGAAGUCCGAGUCGUUCUGGGCGUCGGUCGGGCGUCUCAUCCGCUACCAUCUCGGAUCAGCCGCGUUCGGCUCCCUCAUCAUCGCCCUCGUCAAGCUGGUGCGGUUUGUGUUUGAGUACAUCAACCACAAGCUUGAGGUGAACAAGGGGCCGAUCGUGGACUUCCUCGUCAAGUGCUUCCGGUGCUGCCUGUGGUGCCUGGAGAAGUUCCUUCGCUUCAUCAACAAGAACGCCUACAUCGAGAUUGCCAUCUACGGCUACUCCUUCUGCACAGCCGCCAGACAGGCGUUCAAGACGCUGCUUGAGAAUGCGAUCCGCGUUGCCGUGCUGAACCUGGUCACGUCCUUCGUCCUCUUCAUCUGCAAGCUCUUCGUCGUCGCCGGCGUCGGCAUCAUCGCCUACUACUGGAUCACAGAGCUCAACACGUCGUUCAAGGAGGACCUCAACUACUUUGGCGCUGUCGUGCUCGUGUGCUGCGUGAUUGCGUACAUCAUCGCCGACCAGUUCCUCAACGUGUACGACAUGACCGUCGACACCAUCUUCCUCUGCUUCGCCGAAGACGAGAAGCGCAACAACGGAAAGGAUCGUCCGUAUUACAUGGACCCAUCGCUGCGCCAGUUCCUCAAGGACAACAGCGACCCCACACCCGAGGACAAGUGAUCCCCUUCCUCCGCUCCCUCAUGACGUCUUCAUGCGUGUGUGUGCGUGACGUGAUUGACUGUGGAUGUACACCUUGAUUUCCAUUCUUAUGUCGUGGUUAUGUGUUGACUGUCAGCCCUGUGCAUUGUGUGCUUGCUUGCUUGUGUGUGUGUGCGUACAUUGUGUAUUGUGUGUGCGUACAUUGUGUAUUGUGUGUGCGUACAUUGUGUAUUGUGUGUGCGUUCAUUGUGUAUGUGUGUGCUCCGCUCAAAAUGAUCGUGUUGCUUGUUCAUUGCGAAACCCAAAAUAAAGAACAGUGGAGCUA